AUGUCUGCACCCCGCGAAUUCAAUGUACCCAUCGGAACAUUGACCAACAUCAAAUUUCGAUACGUGAGAGCCGAAGCAGCCAUACCCACCAUUAUCGGAAGCCUCGUCAUGGACAACAUGGCGCCCUCGCUGUCCGCCAUCAUCACCCUCGUCAUGGCUAUCGCCAUGGGUUACCACGGUCAUUUGGCAUUGUUCGCACCGAACGUCGCCACCAUCCCUCAACGCGUCAAGUUUGCAUACGUCUCCAACGGGGUGACCUGGACCUUCCUCCCCCCAUACCUGGACAAGAGACAUUUCGUUAUCCCAACUGCACUAGACCUUCAAUCUAUCGCGACAAAGUUCUUCGACUAUAUCUACGAAGUUGGCCAAACAGAUGACAUUGUUGGGAAAGCUACUGCAGCUCAACGUGCAAUGCUUGUGUCCUUGUACCGUAGGGCCAUUGCGCAGGUUCACGAGGUGGAGGUGCUGAAGAUUGUGCUCGACGUUCGCCCCUUGGUGCUGACCAACAGCCGCGUGAAACAGUUACUGCAAGAGUUUCUGGGACGCAUCGGCUUGCAUGCAGAGCGAUCCAUCCCCUCAGCAAUGCACACAUUGGUCGUCCUCCGUGGAUCCCUCGCCCAACACGCAAGCGCCAAGGCUCUACUAGACAGCCAUGACGCCCCGAUCCCUGCAUUCUGGGCGGGAAAGUUUCAGUGGCAAGACACCGAUGUAAUACAGCACGUACGCAUUGCCUUUGACGACCCAGCCAUCCCGGACGCCGUCAGGGCCAGGGAUCGUCUGCACCUGACCUUUGAGUCGGCUUGA